AUGGAGACUAGUCCUGUCAUGGGUGUUAUCAAUGAUAAAUGGGCGCAUUAUGCUAUCCUCGGACAGUCUGCGGAACCUUCUUCUGCAUAUAUUCCGCUCGUAUCGGUCACUACCAACGUCCAAGCAAUCCUAGCCGACCCGACCAAGGCUGCUGUCGUGUUCACUGAUGUUGUUUCCCAUGCUCUCGGGAAGCCAAAGAACUACAUCACUGUAAUGCACGAAGUGAUGUCCGAAUAUUGCUCUACGAUAUCGACUAGGUUCAAGUCGUCCCCGCUACGAGCUUGGUUGUUGGAGGGGACAUAA